AUGUCGGCAAAAGUUUAUGUUGGGAAUCUGUCCUGGAAUACAACGGAUGAAGGCUUACGAGGAGCAUUUUCUGAGUAUGGUCAAAUUCUCGAUGCAGUACGUCACGUUCGUGUACAGAUCGUCAUGCGUGACCGUGACACGGGUCGGGCGAGAGGUUUCGGCUUCGUUACCUUUGGUGAUCCUACCGAAGCAGAGGCGGCAAUAACAGCGCUCAAUGACCAAGAGUUAGAUGGUAGACGUAUUAGAGUCAACCUCGCUAAUGCUCGCCCUUCUGGUGGUAGUGGAUACGGUGGUGGGGGCUACGGCGGUGGUGGCUACAGUGGUGGCUACGGCGGUGGUGGUGGUGGUGGUGGCUACGGCGGUGGUGGCUCUGGUGGUGGCUACAGCGGCGGAUAUUAG